GAGAUGAUAGGGGAGAUGGCGCAGCCCAAGGAUGAUCCUCAGCGGGCAAUGGUCGACAGGAUUGCCGAGGCGGGGGGGGUGGAAGGCGGUGUGAGCUCGAGCCUCGAGCGCUUGGCCAGCCAGGCAGUCUGCGAUGGUCGCAGAGGUGUGAGCGAGGCCACGGGCACCUUCUGA